AUGUUGAGCACCUUGUUCAAGCGUGCUAACGAGCUCCUGGAAAAUAUCACAACGCACCCAGUGUUCGAGGCCGCUCAAGCUUUCAUGCACCUUGCCGAUCGCGCCGACGCCAUCAAGCGCGUCGCACAACACGCUACGAAUACACUCAGCGACGUCGCGGGUGGGGUACCAGACUUGUACAGAGAGCGGGAAAACUCAAAGAGUUGUCGAAGCGUAUCAAGAGGCGGGACUGUCGUUGAAGAUUACGAAAGCGACUCAGUGCAUGAUGAUGAUCUGGACGAAGCGCUCUGCGAUAGUCCAAAUGACAGCGCGUUAACCGACCCGACCGAGCCUGAAUUGCCCAACUUGGCCAAGAGAAGAACGCUUGGUCUGAAGGAGACUCGAUUCACUUAUCGUCGAUCCUUGGCUUCUCCUUAUGGCAUUCAGAAUCGCCACCCUGUAUGGGGUUGGCUCACGGGGGUCUUACUCUUCAGUGUCAUGUUCAUUGCAGCUAUCCAGUUGAACCCUCAUUGGGUAUUGCAUGCCGGAGCAGGAAAUGCAACUGAAGCAGAACCAGAAUCCCCGUGGGCUGCACUGGCUCGUAUCCAGGACCAGUUUGCACCUAUACUGCGUUCUUCAGGCACAGGGAUAACAGCUUUACGUGACAUGGAUCAAGUCACCAAGGCCGUUCGUGACUUAAAGGCAUUGGUUGGGGAAUCCGACCUUGAAUCUCGUGACAGAGUCAUCCCGGUUUUGCAGGCUAUCGCCCAAUCCGCCACCAAAACUGGAGCCGAUCUAUUCGAGUUGGAUUCAAAGGUGGUUCGAGCCUCAGAUACAAUGUCCAUGAUCAAUAAUCAUGCUAUUCAAUCGCUCAAGGCGAUUUCAUUAAGUCAAAAAUCGCUAUCUGGAGCCAUUUAUCACUACUUCCACCCAAAGGACGCCCGGGAACAAUUACGCGAGGAGCUCGACGCGGCGUGUGAUCAAAUGUUGGGUGGAGUCGAUUCACUAGUCAAUCAUGCGCAUGGCAUUUGGGGAUUGCUCAAGAUUCAAGAAGACAACUUUGCCUCGAUUCGAAAAGAAUUCAACUCAGAUAUAAAGAGUAAUGAUGCCAACGUUGGUCUAUUGCUGGCUCAGUUGUGGACUCGUGUAGGUGGAAAUAAAAACCGUCUCAAAUACUACGAAGGUCACAAUGAGCUUCUCAAGGAGGUCACGGUUCAUGUCGAAACUGCCACCGAGAGAGUAUCUUGGACAAUUGAUCAGCUUCUACAAAUCAUUUCGGCAAUCAAGGACCUCCGGGAGAGACUUACCGUCUGGGUACAUACGGAAAAGUUUGCGCUCCCGAUUGAGCGUCACCUCGAGGUGGUAAUGAGCGGCGCACUCAGGUUAAGUGGCCUUCAGGAGAAUGUCAGGCAGAACCGAGAAGGAGCUGCGGAUUGGGUGGCAAACGGGCACAAGUACCCAACCAUUUGA